ACAGCCUUUUUUUUUUUAUUAGCGUCUCUGGUUGGAUGAAGGCGAGUCUUAAAAGUUUCUUCAGGAUGGGCCAGCUCCCUUCAGACGCAUCCAGAGCAGACCGACACCGGGUCAUGGAGACUUGUACUUAAGUUACCAACCCAUGUACGCGAAGGUGUCGCCGGCUUUUUUCCCCGUGGAGAGCACCCGCCCGCUCGCACACCGCGCCGAGUGGACCGUGAGAGCGCACCCCUCCAAAGAUGAACAUCCAGGUUGUGCCCGAGAACAAGCUCUCGUCGGUCGCCCCGCUCAAACAAUGCAACGUGGAAAAAAAGGAGGUCGAGCUCUUGUUGGUCAAGGACCAGAACGGCGUGCAGUACACCAGCUCGUCAAUCGCUCCAGCGCCCAGUCAAUCCCCGGGGCUGCCAGGGUCCAACACCGGGGAGGAGCGAGAGUUGUGGGGCAAGAAAAUUGACUUUCUGCUCUCGGUCAUUGGCUUCGCGGUCGACUUGGCGAAUGUUUGGAGAUUCCCUUACCUGUGCUACAAAAACGGAGGGGGAGCUUUUUUGAUCCCCUACAUUCUUUUCUUGGUCAUCGCGGGGAUGCCAUUGUUCUACAUGGAACUGGCUUUGGGCCAGUACACAAGGGAGGGGGCGGCCACCGUGUGGAAGAUCUGCCCCAUCUUUAAAGGCGUAGGCUACACCGUGAUCAUCAUCGCCCUUUACGUGGGCUUCUACUACAACGUAAUCAUCGCCUGGUCACUCUACUACCUGUUCUCCUCCAUGACCCGUGAGCUGCCGUGGCUCAAAUGCGACAACCCUUGGAACAGCCCCAACUGCACCGACCCCAAGGCCAUCAACAGCUCGGUCUUGGGCAACGGUACCUCGUAUGCCAAGUAUAAGAUCACCCCGGCAGCAGAAUACUACGAACGCGGCGUGCUGCAUCUCCACGAGAGCAGAGGCAUCGAGGAUCUGGGCCUCCCUCGCUGGGAGUUGUCAUUGUGCCUGGUGGUGGUGGUUUUCAUCCUCUACUUCAGCCUAUGGAAAGGCGUCAAGUCCUCAGGGAAGGUGGUGUACAUCACGGCAACCAUGCCCUAUGUGGUCCUGUUUGUGCUUCUCAUUCGAGGAGUAACCUUACCGGGCUCCAUGGAUGGCAUUCGGGCCUACCUGCACAUCGACUUUAAGAGGCUCAACAAUCUGGAGGUGUGGAUCGAUGCAGCCACGCAGAUAUUUUACUCCCUCGGCGCAGGAUUCGGGGUGCUCAUUGCCUUUGCUAGCUACAACAAAUUUGACAAUAACUGUUACAGGGAUGCUCUGUUGACCAGCACUGUCAACUGCGUCACCAGUUUCUUCUCAGGGUUUGCUAUUUUCUCGGUGUUGGGCUACAUGGCGUACAAACACGGGGUGAAAAUAGAAGACGUGGCGACCGAGGGUGCAGGAUUGGUGUUCAUCAUCUACCCAGAGGCCAUUUCUACCCUCCCAGGCUCAACAUUUUGGGCUAUUGUGUUCUUCAUCAUGCUGCUGACUCUUGGCAUCGACAGUUCGAUGGGUGGCAUGGAGGCCGUCAUCACGGGCCUGACAGAUGACCACAAGAUCCUCAAAAGGCACAGGAAGCUGUUCACCUUUGCCACGGUCUUUUGCACUUUCCUGUUUGCGCUGGUUUGCGUCACUAACGGGGGAAUCUACGUGCUGACUCUUUUGGAUAAGUACGCCGCCGGGACAUCCAUUCUCUUCGCUGUGCUGAUCGAGGCCAUCGGCGUGUCGUGGUUUUACGGCGUGGACCGCUUCAGCGAAGAUAUUGAGCGGAUGAUGGGCUUCAAGCCGGGACUUUACUGGAGACUGUGCUGGAAGUUUGUCAGCCCUGCUUUUCUGUUGUUUGUAGUCAUAGCCAGCACGGUGACCUCAUCCGGCCUCAAGUAUGACGAUUAUGUCUUCCCCCAUUGGUCCAACGUGUUGGGAUGGGGCGUGGCCAUGUCCUCCAUGCUGUGUGUACCCAUCUACGCCGUGUACAAGUUUUGCAGUGUGCCAGGAACCUUCAGAGAGAAAAUAGCCUAUUGCAUCACUCCCGAACACGAACAUCACUUGGUAGCAGAGGGAAACAUACGGCAGUUUAAACUCAGGCACUGGUUGGCCAUUUGAUGAAUACCCUGAGAAUCAUUUGUGGAUUCUCGCCAUCGCAAGACAAGAGGGGCCUUUUUUUUAAACCCAGUUGUAUCACUCCUGUUACUCAGCUAGGUUUUUUUUUUUUUUUGUCAAGCACUUAAUAUGAAAGUAGUCCAAAAGUUGUUUCACGUCAUUAAACACGUACUUGUAGACAAUGUUUAGUAUCAUUCGAAUCAACUUCAGGAAUCUUGACUGUUAUCUCCUGCAAGACACUGAAUCAAAACCAAAAGUUGACAGACGACACGCUUUUUGUUGCCUUUUUCGGCCUCAUGAAUGUUAGUUGUUCUUAUUUAAGUUACCAUAUUUGCUUUUUUUUUGUGGUGGGGGGGCUUAUCUGUGCCUUAAUCGAGUAGGAGACUAUUGUUUGUGCUUUUUGGGAGCGGUUUGAUAUACAUGUAUACAUAUAUAUAUAUAUAUAUGUGGAACUCCAAAGAGUAAAAAAGAGAAAAGGUGAAAACUUAGCAGAAUUAAUGAAUAAAUGGUGGUAACUGUUUCAAAAUCUUUUCAACGAAGGAGUCUUAAGGCCUCUCUGAAAAUAAAUAUAUAUAUUUAUGCUACAAGAAUACAAAUUGUCUAUGAUAAAUAGUUGUAAGAUUGCAAGAUGAAGGACAUGAAGAAAAACAUUUCUUGAUUAUUCCCAAAUUAUGAAUUUUGAUUUCCCAUUUUUUUUCCCUUUCCCGGGACAUUUUAUUCUAAACAAAAUUAAAUUUUAUUCUCCAGAAAUGGAAUAAUAUUCUCAUAAAUAAAAAAAUAUAUAUAACAUUUCAUUCUAGUUAGCCCUUUUACGCCCCAAAAACUUCGUGAUUAGCAAAAAAAAUUUAUUCUUGCAAUACUGACUUGAUUCUUGUAACAUAAUUAUUGAUUUUUCAUUGAGGCUCCAACCCAUCUUUGUACUUGUAAUGCUUUUGUGUGUUGUUCCACGCCUUUGAGGCUGUACAAGAGAGAGGCGAAUGUACGUUGGGCUUUUUAAUUUUCCGUCAAGCAGGGUUAACCACCAAACAUAGGCGACCGUGCCGAAAUGCGCAUAAAUUGUCAGAUCAAGUAUAACCGUAACACUACUGUACUGUUCAUCGUCAUUAGUCACCAUGAAUCAAAAACUGUGUGAUUAAUAAAAUAACUUUGAAAAAGUAUCCAAAUCCCACCCAAAAAAUGCCCAUUUUGGACCCCCGAUCCGUAGUUUGAAGACCCUGUUAUUAGUAUGCUGGAUCGUCACACGCAUCUUCAAUUUCUUCUUUGAACUGCCAUAUAAGUGCCAUGAUGAAAUUUAAUCUGCUUGUUUUAUUAUUUUGAUUUAUUUUUUUAAAGCUGACUUUAUGAAAAAAACUGAAGCCACAGAGUAAAAAAAAAUAUCUGUAUAAAAAUCCAAUUAUAUGUGGAAUACAUAAAAUAUAAAGAUAUAUUCUUUUGUUAUAUCUAAUCUUGUAUUAAUCAAAAUGGUUUAUAACAAAAUGUGAAUGUAAAGUAUUUCAAAUGUCCUAAAUGUCAUAUCAUGUGUGUUUGAUGUGUAGCUAAUAUUUAAAAAAAAAAUCAAAACUAUUCUUCAGCGUAAUCCUGGACUAUGGAAUAUGGACUUUCCUGGACUAUGUUUACAAAAAUAGUGUGUAUAAUAAUGAUAAUAAAAAUAUCCUAUGAUGUCCUGUUGAACGUGAGUUGCAAAUAUCUAUGAAGACAUAGUCACACGAUCAUAAUAAAGUAUUUCUUCUACACUCA